UCUUCUACAAAUGCAAACCUGCUCAUGAAGAAAUAAUGGCGCUGUUCUUAUUAAACGUGUAAGGUUAAGUUAUCUUAAUUUUAUAUUCAAAUUUCCUAUUUAAAUAGUAGAUUAAUAAAUACGUUUCAUACUAUGGCUUCUUAAACUGACAUACUCUCGUUAUGUGUAACAAUCACGUUGAGUUAAUAUCGAUGUUUAAGGAAAUAAAGUUAACCAAUGUAUAUCGUCUAUAUACAUAUCAUAAAGUAAUAUUUUAUUCAUAAUGUCUAUAUUGCGAAUUAUUCGAUAUAAACAACAGGCUAUUUUUCCAUUAACUGCAAGAGAAGUCUUUCUAAUUAAUCCGUCCAAAGGAAAGAAUAAUGUCCUCGUUCAAUUCAAGAGAGAUUUUAAUGCAACGUUUAAAACAUCUAUUAAACAGGAACAGAAGAAACAAAAGGAACUAUCAAACAUUUAUAAAGUUGGUUGGGGAAUAUUAGGAACAGGUGCAACUUAUAUAUUCAAGAUAAAUGUGAAACAAGUGACAUGCGAAGCAAUUAAAGAAAAUAAUGAAGUAAGAAAAAAUAGUGACAGGUUGCAUUUUCAAUGGAAAGACUUUUUGGAGUAUCUGUAUCCACAUAUUUGGCAGUUAUUGAUUUCUUUGUCAAGCGCUCUAAUCGUCGCUAUGUUAAAUAUUUGGAUACCACAAUCUGUUGGCAAUAUCAUAAAUGUAUUGACGAAAAUAGUCCAAGAUAAAGGAAAUGAUUCUACAAGGAAUACUUUGGAAAUGCUCCUGAGACCAACUUUUCUAUUGGCACGUAUGUAUGUUGCACAAGCAUUUUUUACUUUUGUUUAUAUUUACACACUUUCUCAAAUAGGAGAAAGAGUUGCAAUGAAAUUACGUCAAAAUGUAUUCAAAUCUAUUAUUGUGCAAGAUGUUGCAUUCUUUGAUAAAAAUCGAACUGGUGAAAUAGUUAGCCGAUUAACAAGUGAUAUUCAGGAUUUCAAAAGUACAUUCAAAAUAUGUAUAUCGCAAGGCUUAAGAAGUUCUACGCAAAUUAUUGGUUGUGUUAUUUCUGUAAUAAUGUUAUCGCCUCAAUUGACAGCCGCAAUGUUAUUAUGUAUGCCAACGGUUAUAUUUAUUGGUACCCUAUUAGGAAAAAGCUUGCGUAAGUUGUCUAUAGAAGCGCAAAACCAAGUUGCAAAAGCUACCGCUGUCUGCGAAGAAGCUAUCCAAAAUAUACGAACGGUAAGAGCGUUCGCAGCAGAAACCCGAGAAGCAGAUGUAUUUUCUAAAGAAGUCGAACAUGCAUCUAAGUUAUAUGAAAAUUUAGGAUUUGGUAUUGGUUUAUUUCAAGCAGGAACAAAUUUGUUUUUAAAUGGUAUUUUACUUUGUACAUUAUACUUUGGUGGUCAUUUAAUGUCAAUUGGGCAAUUAACGUCCGGCGAUCUUAUGGCAUUUUUGAUGGCAACCCAAAUAGUUCAAAGAUCUCUCUCUCAAUUAUCUUUAUUGUUUGGAACAUACGUUAGAGGAAUCAGUGCUGGUGCCCGAGUUUUUGAAUACUUAAAUAUGCCACCAUCGCCAAUGAUGGUCGGAGGAACGACAAUAAAUGAUUCUCUCUCAGGGAAUAUAGAAUUUAAAAAUGUGAAAUUUAGCUAUCCAACUCGGCCGGAUCACGUUAUUUUAAAGAAUUUUAAUUUGAAUAUUUCCGCCGGUAAAACAGUCGCUAUUGUAGGUACUAGUGGAAAUGGUAAAUCAACCAUAGCCGCGUUAUUAGAACGAUUUUAUGAUGUCGAUGAGGGUAGCAUUUCUAUUGAUAAAAAGGACAUUAGAUCUCUUAAUUCUAGCUAUCUUAGAGGCACUAUAUUAGGAUAUAUAAAUCAAGAACCCGUACUUUUUGCAACUAGUAUAAUGGAGAAUAUUAGAUAUGGAAAGCAAGAUGCGACCGACGAGGAGAUCGUGAAAGCGGCGAAACAAGCUAAUGCUCAUGAAUUCAUUACAAAAUUUCCAAAUGGUUAUGAAACCCAAGUUGGCGAGAGAGGUGCACAAUUAUCUGGUGGACAAAAACAGCGUAUCGCCAUUGCUAGAGCAUUACUAAAACAACCAUCGAUUUUAAUAUUGGACGAAGCAACGAGCGCAUUGGAUUAUGAAAGCGAAAGAAUGGUUCAGGAAGCGUUAGAAAAUGUAACCAGAGGUAGAACAGUGCUAAUUAUUGCUCAUAGGCUAAGUACUAUUAAAUCUGCUGAUAUUAUUGUCGUAUUGCAACAUGGUGUUAUCGUAGAGAUGGGUACACAUUCACAAUUGAUUAAGAAACAAGGACCAUAUCAUACAUUAUUAAGUGAACAAAAGACAGAAGGUGGCAAUAAUUUGGCUUAGCUGAUAAUGUUAAAUGUAACUAGUACAAAAUAAAUACCAAUUAUUAUAAAUAUAAGAUAUAUAAUGAAAUACAUUAUUAUUAUGAUGGCCGAUAAAA